UAGCUUGUUUUUCAACAGUGGUUGAACUGUGGUAAACCUGCGGUUCGUCAGAAAUUACUCAUAACGAAAAGAGUGCAUACCCUACAGCUUCCUUUGACUAGUGGAAAAUCCAGAUGCACUCUUGUUCAGGGGGCUGUUGGUUUUUCAUCUGUCAAAAGGUGGUGGUUAAAUAGUGACAACCAAAACGUUCCCUUGCUUCACGUACUGUUACAAGACGGUAGUGCCUUUGAGUUGCCUUCUCUGAGACAUGGGUCUGAGUUCAGUGCUGAAAAGCCUUCUGAUUUUCCUUAGGAUAUGUGGGAUCUGUGCAGAAUUCGUAACAGGGUAUUGUACUAACUUCGAGCUCAAGUUUGGGAGGGUUUUCUCUGUUCCUGGAGAUACGGCUAUGCUCAAUAGCACCCUGGUGUCUCCAGAGGUGUUAAACUUCAAAACUGUCCCAUACAACAUCACGUGGUACCAGAACGUCUCAGGAAAGAACCAGCAAAUGAGGAACCAGAGCGGUCGAAUCCUAAUACUUGGGGAGACUCUGUGGUUUCUUAAUGUAACGCUGGAUGAUAAGGGGGAUUAUGUGACCAUAUUAAGAACUCCUUAUCAUUGCUACAGACAGGUCACCACGCUUGUAGUUAAUGUGACAAGUCAGUGUGGAAGACCAAUAAAAAGCAAUCAAAGUCUCACAAGUGGAGUUAAUGACCGUCUGGGCUGCCCCCUGAAUGACAUUAUCAAAAAACUAAACAGCUACAAUGUGACCACCUCCCUCACGUGGUACAAGGGUUGUGACCCCAUAAAAGAUGGACAAGCUAAAAAGUAUUUCUACAUAGCAACAACCCUACUGCAGAUAAAUAGGGUUAGCGUUUCUGAAGACAAGGCCACCUUCACAUGUACUUUAAAGUUUAAUCUCAGUGGCAUCACAGGAUCCAUGUCAGAAACCAUUGAUGCAUUGGUGAACGAAGACUACAGAGCACCUCCACAAAUGCAUGAACCGGGCAACGAAGUGAUCAAAGCACAAUUGGGGUCAAGUUUCAGCAAGCGGUGCCUCGUGUUUGUGCCUGGAAGUGAGGAUGUGUCAAUCGCUUGGAGUGAUGGAAACAAAUUAAUUUUGAAUACAGAGCCUUCUGAACGCAUUCACAUAUCUGAAACAAGUAAGCGGAACCAUGAUGUUCCAAAAAAAGGUGUAUGGUUGGAGCAACUGCUGGUGUUUUCUGAAGUGACUGAAAAGGAUUUCUACAUCAACUUCACUUGUAAAGCACCCAGUGCCUAUGGCCCACUAGAGGGAUAUUUCACUCUGCUACCAGCAGAUCCAAACAUCAUUAUUCCCAUCGGCUCGGUUCUUGGGGGAGCAAUGGUUCUGUUUGUUAUCAGCAUCAUUGUCUACUACAUUUUUAAAAUAGAAAUUGUGCUGUGGCUCAGGAAAGUGUUUCCAGUCCUUUAUACAAAUAAAGAUCUGGAUGGGAGGCUGUAUGAUGCUUAUGUGGCAUAUCCACAGCCUGGGGAAGUUGGAUUUAGCAAAGAAAUGGAAACCUUUGCCCAUCACACGCUUCCUCAAGUUUUGGAACACGCCUGCGGCUACAAACUUUUUAUAGCCAGCCGUGACGGUCCACCUGGGCAGGCUAUCAUAGACUCAGUAGAAGAGACCAUACAAACCAGCUGCUGCCUCCUUCUGCUCUACACGGCCUCCACAUUUACCAGCAACCAACACAUGAGCAGCACUGGUAGCAAUAACAACAAUUUCACUAAGAGUGGCAACACUAGCGACAACGGAGGAAGAAAGACCAAUGAUAAUGAUAGUUGCACAAGUUUCAACUGUAAUGAAGUUUAUCCUGAUACAAGACAACAAUUAGAGUGUGUGGUAGGAAUGCAUAGAACCCUGCUGGAAGGAUCCCUUAAGGUGAUUCUGGUUGAGAUGGAACAGAUCAGCCCAGCCCAGCUGGCUCUCUUCCCAGAGUCAGUGCGUCACCUGAGAAAGAAGCAAGGCGCCGUGUGUUGGUGGAAGAACACAAAGAAGCAGCAAAGGUGGAGGACAUGUUCAAAGAGCAGGGAGGACGAGGACAAAUGUGGACAGGACACACAGUGGUCACCAUCAACUUCCCCUUCUUCCAGGUUUUGGAAGGAGAUGAGGUAUCAUAUGCCAGUGAGAGGCAAGAGGGAGAUGUACCCUCAGAAAGCUGCCCUGCUGAACGUAUGAUACAGUAGGAGACAAGCUGUGCCAACUAUUGAACCAGAUAAUGCUUCCACUGCAUAUUCUCAUUAAAGUGACUCUCCUUCUCAGACACAGUGUGUGUCAGGUGUACAUCAGCACGUGAUGCAACACGCACAUGUGCACAAACACAGGGGAGACUUACAAGUCAAAGACUUAAUAUGUUGCUUUACCAGCCCAUUCAUUUGAGUUUGGAACAACAAUAUGCAUUAUUUAUAUACCACAUUUGAAUCAAUACCACACACACACACACACACACACACUGUACAGAAAUUUGUUUCCCACUGAAUGCAAUGGUUUUAAAUUUAAACUAACAACAUCACAUCAGGAGACCAUUGGAUUAGCUAUGGGUGACGAAAAAAAAACAUGUUCAGAGGAGUAACGUCAUGUGCAACCGCUGUACUUCUAAAAUGUACUUUGGGUACAGUACAUAAUCUCAGUCAGCCUCAGGUCAGUGUUCACAUUACAUGUGUUUUGCUAGUUUAUGCUUGUUUAUUUCAUGCUCUGACAAAUAAAUAUUAUUGGCUGUUGA